AUGCACGACUAUCAAUACAACCUGGAGGUGGUGAGUGUCGUCCCGGACAAGGUGCUCACCGGUACCGCGGACGGGCUUCGACACAAACUCAUCCUUCACUGCUCCCAGCGCGAUGCGACGAUGGACUGCACCGUCACACCGUCUACGUUCGAAGUGCGCAACGCACCCGCCCUGGAGUACGUUUCAAUCUCACUUGUGGCCCUCGAUGACGCAGGCGGUACCCAGCGGGUCGAGGCGAGCUUGGCGGAGCCUCUCCUCGUAGGCGGUCUACAUCGCAUUGUUGGUGCAGAGUGGGUGGCUUUAAGCUCCACAUCUCUUGUCGACUCCGUCGCCAAGGCAUCCUCGCCUGUGUGUCGCGUCUUUGUAGUUUGGUCGAUGACGCGAAUGGAUGGCUGUCCAGUAAGGACGAACAAUGUGGAAACCUCGCUGACAGAGACGCCGCUUCCGGAGCCAACCCCAGCCAUGUCGCCUCUCAUGGCGUCGCUUUGCGUGCCAUCUUCUGAGAAGGACUGCUCGUCGCCGAAUCGUUUCAACUCAACGCAACGAGGUGUAGCUGCGGAGCUUCAGAACGCACAGGCAAAUACACUCAAGGUGACUGCCACAGCCGCACCUACAACAACGACUACCACCAACACAUUCGCCGCCACCAGUGCUGCCCGACCUCACCCAUGGAGCUCUCGUGCCGUCGAUGGAUUGGGUCUACCAACACUGUCUGGCGUCGGCUACAGCGUGGCAAUUUCGUCACCUCUUAUCGCCGUUGAGGCUCCCUCGUAUCGAGGCAGCAGAUGGACCGAAAGCACCAUCGGACCUCUCUCUACCGAUGUCAGUUCUUUGUCCGUCCUCAUCUCUCGACUGGUGUUGGACAGCAGCGUCGCUAACCCCGAGAUCAGCGCAGCAGGACAAACGGCACGCGUCUCUAUUGCACUCGAUGAGGAGCAGGAGGAAAGUCAGCAACGCCUGGUGAAUGACUGCGGCGACGCUUGCCGUGCGCCAAGCGAUCAUGCAGGUGGGUUCACGGCGGCGGCGCAUGAUCCACUGCACCGCGGUUCCGCCGCCGAUGUGGAGAGCAGCAGCGGGGCCUCUGCCACGAGUGCGCUCUCCGGACUUGUGGAACCCCAGGUGGGUGGUUUACAAGAUGCGGUGCUAGAGCAGUUUCCCUUCUGCAGUGUGUCGCUCACCUCGAAGGCCGAGAUGGCUGCCUCAUCACCGGAUGCGCCAAUGUCUGUGCUGGCUGUUGAAUCAAGCGCAAACACAGCGCACGUGGAAGAGGGUGCCCAGGACACCGACGCCUCUACCGCCCACGCUGACUUUCUGCAGCUCGACCCAGCAUUUGCCGUAACCGACGCGCUAGCUGUUACGCGGGUGGACUACUAUGCAUCCAGCACACAGGCGAUCGGUGCUGUUCCUCUCCAGACUCGACUCCAGAACUUGUACACGGUGCCGUCGCCGCAGGUGCUAGAUCGCUUGAAAGAUCAGCUGGCACCACCUUCUUUGUCUCCGUCGUCGUCAACAGCAGAACGGGAGCCCGUCACCUCUCAUGGGCUGUGGGGUGAGCGGCCGCGACCGAUUAGCUUCUCUCGUUCGGUCGGAAGCAGCGGUUCUGCACAGGAGGAGAUUCGGCGCGAGCACGAGGCGAGGCGCAGCUGCGGCGCGCUCCUUACUGGCCUGCAGAUCGAUGACAGAGACAGCAGCGCGAGCUUGUUGACUUCGUCCCUGGCUUUGGUGAAAGGGCACUACGUGGAGGCGCGCACUGAAUCUGCUCUAUCCCUGCUGCGAUGGAAGGCGCUUGAAGGACUGCGGCGACGACUUAUCAUGUACUGA